AAAGUUUCCGAGGUUAAAAUCAAAAGAUUAACAGGAGGAAUAACAAAUAGAAUUUACAAAGUGGAUGUCAAUGAUAAACAGGUUUUAUGUAGAAUUAAUGGAUUAUGUACAGAAAAAAUAAUUGACAGAGAUGUAGAACUUUUCCACAUGCAAGAAAUGCACAAACACGGUCAAGGCCCACAAGUCUAUUGUGUUUUUAAAAAUGGUUACGUUUAUGAUUUUAUUGUUGGAGAAUGUACAUCUACUGCUGAAUUAAUGGCUGAUAAAGCUGAAAAAAUAGCUGAAAAGCUUGCAAAUUGGCACAAGAUGCAAAUUGACAAGGAAGAUAGAGCUCCAGUACUUUGGAAGCUUAUUAACAAAUGGUUAGAUAAUACCAAAGCUUUUGAAUGGAGUGGAGAAAAGAAAGUCAAUUUUGAAAAAUGUAGGUUCGACAUGGUUGUAGAACAAUGUGAAAGGUUACAAAAAGAAAUUUUUGCCAGUAAGCCUAACACUGUUUUGGAUCCCAAGGAUUUAAACCAAGUUUUGGAUUUAUUUUCUAUUGGUUUUUGCCAUAAUGACUUGUUAGCCCUCAAUGUAUUGUACAAUAAGGAUGAUGACUCUGUACAUUUCAUUGAUUAUGAGUAUUGUGGAUAUAGUUUCAGAGCUUUUGACAUUGGAAAUCAUUUUGAUGAAUAUGCAGGAUUCUCAUUAGAUAAGAAAGACUACCCAAGCACUGAAAUUCAAACUAAAUUUAUCAGAAAAUACCUUGAAACCUUGUAUGAAGGUCCUCCAAGUGAUAUAUCUGAUCACCAUGUAGAAAAGUUCAGAAAUGGAGUUACAUUGUUUGCUUGUAUUGGUCAUCUCUAUUGGGGUGUUUGGGCUAUUAGUCAAGCAUAUUACUCAGAUAUUGAUUUUGAUUAUUUACAGUAUGCAAAAGGAAGAUUUGAUUGGUAUUUUGAAGAAAUACAAAAUGUAGAUUUUGCUAAUUUGUAA